UUGACUCCACUGUUUGUUAUUGUUGGUGGCGCAGUUUUGGGGCUAUUCUAUGCUAUCGUUCGAAAUGGUCUUUCACGUGACGAUGUGCGGUUCUAUUCCAGUGGCAAAAUGAAUUGCGAGGACAUUGAAAAAUCUGGGCCAAGAAAAUUUUUAGUUUUCAAUCAAAAGUACAAAGUGCCUGAGGGUUUGAAGGAAGCGUUGGCUGCUAUUGAAGAACCAACAGAAGAGGAAAAAAUUGCAGCCACCAAGAAGUCAAAGUAAAAAAAAAUAUUUCGAGAUCGAAUAAGGCGGUUGUUAAUUUAUUGUUUUGGAAAAGAGUAGUUAAAGUUAAAAGAAAAGUUAUGGAUGGAUUAGGACUAAAGAACAAAUGCUUAUUUAAGCUGGUUAAGUAUUGCAUAUUUAAAAAAUUAUUGUGUCCAAUAGUUGUUUUAAAAAAGAGUUUAUUAUAGUUUUUGUAAAAAUGCUAUUUAUUUAUUACAUAAUUUAAUAUUAUUAUUUUUUAAAUGUGUUUAAAAAAAUGUAUACUUCUGGGAUGCAGACUUUCAAAAAAUCUACUACAUAUUUACAGAAAAUGUGUGGCAAAUUUUCACUGUGUCAACGCCUUUCAGCUUUAUUUAUUUUUUAAAUAAUUUACAUAAGUUCCUUGUUUUCUGAGAA